GAGCGUCGGGUCAGCGGGUGAAGGUGGAGCCGGAGGUGUCAUCAUAUCCUGGCCAGACAGUCAACCUGCGCUGUGCCUUCACUGAUGCCACUGGGAUUCAGCUUACAAUGGUCACAUGGAUCUACGAGCCGAAGGACGGCGAUAGGAUUAACAUCGCUGUGCUUCACCCCAGCUUUCAACCCAACUACCCCGACUCACCCAUGAAGGGCAGAGUCAGCUUCACACACAGUCCCCCAGACCUGACCACUCCCUCCAUCCAGAUAAGCAAUGUUAGGAUGACCGAUGAGGGGAAGUACAUCUGCGAGUAUGCUACCUACCCCAGUGGUAACGAGCAAGGCAUCACAUUCCUGGUCAUGCUGGCUAAGCCACAGAACUCAGCUUCCAUUGUAACGGUGGAAGUGGGCACAAAGCCCGUCGUCGUGGCAAAGUGCGAGUCUGUGGAUGGCCGCCCUGCUGCUCAGAUCUCCUGGGUGACCACAGCCAAUGGCAACGCGACAACAACAUCUAAGACAGGUGCCGUCAACACCGUGACCGUGACCAGCGAAUACAGCAUGGUUCCCACAGCAGCAGACAACGGGAAAGACAUCAGCUGUGUGGUGGCACACAGGACCCAGGUCAAACCAGAAAGCUUCCCAUUGAAGCUAGCAGUUCAGUAUGCCCCUCAGGUGACAAUAGUAGGUUAUGACAAUAAUUGGUACUUGGGUCGUACAAAUGUGGUGCUCACCUGCCAGGCUACCGGAAACCCUGUUCCACUCUCCGUCCAGUGGAAGACUAUGUCAGGAGAGAUGCCAGACACGGUGCUCAUCACAGGCAAGGAGCUAAAGGUCCUGAAGGUUGAUGACGCCGUCAACACCACUUUUGUCUGUGAGGUCAAGAACCGCAUUGGGAUCGGCAGGGACCAAGUCACAGCCCUGGUCAGAGAGCCCUCAGUGAACCCAUCCAAUGCCGGCGUGGUGGCGGGAGCUGUGAUUGGCUCCCUGCUGGCCCUCCUUUUGGUCGCUGCUCUCAUCGCCGUGCUUGUCACCCGUAGCCGCAGGCAACAGCAGGGUUACCGUGCCAAUGGCGGCAGUGACAUGAAGACACGCAUAUUUGGCGGUGGCAAGAAGGCCAGCAAGAACGGCACAGGUGGAAGCACAGGCAGCGGCGGCGUGGGGGGCGGUAACAACAAUGGCCCCAUCUACGUUUACAAUGAGACCUCAUCCCACCAGGGCCUUGGAGAGAAAAACAACCACCACCAGCCGCUCACCAUGGGGGGCCGGCCUGAAGUUGUCACCACUACACCCACUGCCCAAGAUAUCCUGCUAAGCAAUGAAUUAGAUGAUGCAGAAAGGAGGAAGUUUGAUGAGCUGGAGGAGGAGGAGCGGUAUGACCACUUCACUGGAGGGGCCCCCAUCCUUCAGCUUCGCCCACCGCAUGACCAGGAUGAUAUUAUUGGCGAUUACUUGGAUGAUGACAUGGAGUCCCAGCGGGAUGGCUCUGUCAUCUCCCGGACUGCUGUUUACGUAUAGAGGAGAUGGAGAGGAAAGGAGGAGGAGAAAAAGGAAGGAAUGGAGGAUUCCUCCCGAGGAUUUUGUGGCACCAGGGUCUUGUCCCUGUCUGAUAGAGAAGAGAAAAUAAUACCACUUUUAUUUUUGAAAAUUGAUUUUAAAUAUAGCCUAUUAUUAAUCACAGUGCAGCCCCAGAAUGGACUGAAUGAACAAGAGGGUUUGGUGGAAUAUUCUGAAAGAAGCGUUGCUGUUAUCUGGUCCCUAAGAACUGAAAAUCAAACAGAAAAGAAACAACCUGUCUCCCACUGCUUCUGCUCAUGCUAUCACUAUCACUGGGACCUUGACAAGGACUCUUGACAGACAGACUAAAAGACAAGAAACUGUGUAUGUGGGAGUAGGAUAAUGGAAUCAUGACACAAGUUUGGCUUUAGAGAAGGCAACUCACUUGCAUUCACUCUUGUCAUCACCAAAACAGUAGAAGGGUAAGAGGUUGUCAAGCAGUUUCGUGUCACCUGCUAUUACCAGUCCUCCCGUGGGAAACCUUCUGUUUUGGUAAUGCGUUGUGCUAUGACAGCUGGGUAGUUAGCAGCUAGUGAUGGCUUGGGGAGGAAAAGUGGCGGGUAUAAAUAGUAACCAACAGGUGAUUUAGAGAAGAGAACUAUGUAUGUUCUUGUGUCUAUUUCUGCUCUCUCUGCCUUCCUCUCAAAAGUAAAAAGAAAAACCUCUCUGCAAACUAUCAGCAACCAUAGACACUCUUGAAUUUACAAAAUUUAAAAAGAACAUUAGGUCCUUUUGUGCUGCACAAAUACAAGAGCAGCUGAAUUUAACAAAGUAAGUUUGCAGAGAGUUUGAACUUAAGUUCUUAACAAAGUAUUCACAUGCAAACUUUUGUACUGUGCCUGGAGGUAAGAGACGGUAAACAAGAGAUGAGGGAAUGAGGUGUAGCCAAUCUGACAGGGUCAAGGGAUGGAGAGAGGGAUGCAGGAGGCGGGAGGACUAGAGAGGAGCACGUCUCUUCUUUUCUCUUCCUCCUCAUCCCCGUCUCUUCAGAGUGCUCCUGACAGGAGGAGCUUGAUUGGUAAUGAGCCGUGAAGUCGCUCGCUUAGCCGGGACCAACAGAUUGCCACCACUUAUCGUUUAUGACGUGGCAAUUCCUCCCCCUCCUACGUCUAUCUCUCCAUCACCCCUCCGUCUCUCCUUCUCUCUCUUCAUCCCUCACUCCCAGUGUUUAUGGGGAGUUUAUGAUUUAUCCGGGGCAGUGUUGAGGUCAGGGCCACAGAGAGCAGGGGAGUAUUUUACUGCUCCUGAUGUGUCAAACGCCCCACUUACUCUAUUCCAGUCCAGUCCAGCCCAGCCCGGCCUGCCCUGCCCUGCCAGGACUGACUAAUUCACCUGGGGUGGCCACAUUCACUCCACUGCAUGGACGCUUCUCCUCCCAUACUUUAGUAAAUGGCCGGAUAUAACAGAACCCCACCUCCAUAGCAUGGCCGCAUUAGGUUAGAUAGAUUUUCAAUAAGAUCAUCUAAUAUUUCUUUCCAUUAGCGGAUGUUGUUAAAUGUAGUGGAUUGAUCGGGAGACAUAAAAGGUUGGCGAAGCUAUGGGAGUCAUAUUGACUAACAGGCAACAAGCAGUGAAACAGCCCUUUAUGAUGCAGCUUUAGCAGGGCUGAUUGUCUCCUGACUGUUAAUUUAUCCUUCUAACGAGCCACUGGAGGCCUGCUCAGGCAAAUAUUACUCGUGGCUACUGUGCACUGCUGUCUUUGAGACUCAGUGUGUGUGUAUUUUCAUGCGUCACUGUAUCUAUGUAGCCACUGGAUGACUGUGAUGGACAAUCUUGGAGAGAAGCCCUAAUUUAGCUCCUCUAAUCAUGCUUUUCCUGGCCUUCUAAAGAACUCCCCUUUGACCCAACGGGAAUCUGGUGAGUGCGGCUUUCGAUGACUGUACUGACCUCUUGUAGGGCCCAGCGAAUAUCUGGGUUGCAGUUCGCUGCAGGUCAUGAGGUCAAAUGCAGGGUGACCCAUUGCCAAGGGCAAGGAUGACUGUCUUUGCCUGCAUUUCUUAUCAUAGCUGCUUUUAACCUUUAACUAUAGAUGUGAGAAACACUCACAUACAGUACAAGCAUGUAUAUAGGGUAAGACAGUCCUUGUUUGCCAUAGUGAGGGCUUUUGACCUUCAGAGAGGCGGAGAGAUGCAGGAUGCAGAUGACCGAAACCAAGACGGCUUUCAGUGUAGUGAGCACCGUCUAGCAUAUUGUAAGCCAGUGUGUUCAAUAGGAUUAUCGUCUAAUGGCCUUAGCUUAUACAUAAAUGGAACUCCUGUCAACCUGGGGUACAGUAAAUUUACUGAACACAGCUGAUUUGUCACAACCACUCAAAAUAAAAAUGUAUUACUUAUUUUUGCACUUGUGUGUGUGUCACCGCUACAAAGAGAAAUAUGAGUGUAAUACUUGGUCUUUGGGGUAAAAAUAGCGAUAAGGGACAAAACUGUUGUAUGUACAUUUUGGUGUGAGGUAUCUGUGUACUAUAUAUAUGUAAGCAUCUUUAUUUUUCUUGUGAAAAUGUUGAUAUUUAUGAAAAUGUAAAUAUCAGAUCGAUGGAGCCAGUAUUGCCAGUGUUGUGGAAGUAAAGUGGAAGGCGUUCUGGGUAGGCUAAGCUUAAAGUUCAAAUGUCUCAGAGGGCAUUCAGAAUGUAAUUUUUAAUCUAACGAAUACCUCGGUGGUUCGGGUGUCACAACAUACUGAACUGACUGAGCUGAGUUUACCUAAAGCCUAAGAGUCGAUUUGUAUUGGCUUGGAAAAUUAAAUUUUUGUUUUUAAUUCAAGUUAGCGUUCCAUGCAUUUCCACAUAAUAAGCACACAAUAUUUUUUUGCACAAUUUGCUUCUUCUGCUCCUUGACAGACACCCUGCACAAUGCAAAAAUACCCACAAUACUCAUAAUUUAUCAGGUAGACCGUAACCACACAAGCGCGUUGCGUCUGAGUCAGCUCUGUCUGUGUGUGUGUGUGUAGUUGAGUGUCGGUGUGUAUUUUCGUGCUGCUUAGGGCUUUGGGACAUCUCUCACUGCCAUUGGGGCUGUAACCUGAGUAGCCACCCUUUGUCACCAUGGAAAACUGGCAAACUGAAGAUAUUAUUGUGCAUUUUGAAGACACUCGCGCACACAUACUGUACAUAUACAUACGCAGAAUGCAGAGAAACAUUCGCCCACACACAAACACCCCUCAGUCACUCUCAUUAUGCUCACUCCCACAGCCAAACUGUGCAGAAGACACCUCAUACCUGACAACUCUGCCAUCUCCUGACAUAAGCCCACACAAAUGUGCUCGCAUAGCUGCACACAAACACACACACACACACCCUUACACACACGAAAACACUUCUUUUUCCUCUUCUUGCUCAGUGGCUCUGUCAGGACAUAUACCGUGUCCUGUUACUGUGGAAAGAGCCGCAGCAUGAUGUGUCCCCUGCUCCACUGCUUUCUAUUCCCCAAAUAGUCCAACCCGUUCCCGAAUCAAUGACCAUGUAGAACAGAGACAAGUACACAUUCAGGGACACACACCUUUCACCCAGUGUCAGAGAAUCGGGCUUUUUAGGAAACAGUUUGUCCGUUCCGCUCAUGUUGC